CACAGCAAAUCAAGCAGAGGCCCUCCUGGGUUGCUUCGUUAUUUACACGAAUUCAAAUACGAAUGCAAAUUAGCGCCAGGUAAUGUUCUGUUUUGUUGGAGUUAAGAGGGAAAACCAGACCAAACUUGAGCCUGGCUUGAAUGGUCCCCUUUCCCUUCCCUUGCCGUUGCUUGGCACCCAUCACCAUCAGUGAUUGAUUCCACCUUCGCCGCUAAGCAAAAGCACGCAUUGCUUAGGUUGGGUGCCCCACGGCUAAUCACAAUCAGAUUGCUUAUCCAAAUCAGGAUUUUGAUGGCGGCGGGGGUGCUCUCCAACCGCGUCGAUCGGGAGGACCUCGCCGCCGGGGAUCACAUCUACUCAUGGCGGGCCGCCUACCUCUACGCCCACCACGGGAUCUAUGUUGGGGACGGGAUGGUCAUCCAUUUCACCAGAGCAGCCGGCUACGAGAUUGGCACGGGGACCUUCCUGGAUUCCUUCCUGUUCAGCUCCUCCUCGCCGGCGGCGGCAACCACCUGCCAGCGAUGUGGCCACCUGCCACAAGGACGUGAGGGAGUCGUCAUGUCCUGCCUCGACUGCUUCUUGCACGGCGGCGGCGGCAGCGGCGGCCUCUACCUCUUCCACUACGCCGUCUCGCCGGCCUUCUUCCUCGCUAAGGCGCGCGGAGGGACCUGCACUCUGGCCGCCUCCGACCCCGGCCAUGUCGUCGUCCACCGCGCCCGCUACCUCCUGGACAAGGGGGGAUUCGGCGCCUACUCCCUCUUCAAGAACAACUGCGAGGACUUCGCCAUCUACUGCAAGACGGGGCUGCUCGUCCAGACCGCGUUCAGCGUUGGCCGCAGCGGCCAGCUCGCAUCCCUCACGGCCGCCUUCAGCGCGGUGGCCUCGUCGCCGCUGCGUUUCCUCACCACCAGCGCCGGCGGCCUCGCCCUUGUCACCACCGGCAUGUACUGCGUCGGCCGAUACGUCUCGGAUAUCGGCGUUCGCCGGGAUGUGAUCAAGGUCCCUGUCCAGACCCUUGUUGUGCAGGCUACUCCUACUGCUAUGGAGGCAGAGGUCGCAGCAGCAGCAGGAGCAGUCGGUGUUGGAGCUUCCUCGCCUGCUUGCUGAGAGACCAUACCACAUGUAUUGGGAGUUCCAAGCUGACGACAUCUGUUGUAUCGAUUUGCACUCACUUAUGCAGCAGACUUCUUAUUAUGUCUGUCUGUCUUUCUGUUACACAGCUGAAUCUAAGAAUGGAACAGCCACAACUGUCGUAAAUGUUUCAGAACAGAAGUUGCCAUCUCAGCAACCUGCCAGUGCCAGCCUUGCCAACGUGCUGGUGUACAAAAUACGUACACCAUCAAGGCCACUUUACAAAGUUCA